GAUACUGGUUUCUACUAUGCACUCAAUGCCCACCUUGCUCAAUUACAUCUUGACAAUUUAACAGCUGAGGACAACCUCAGUCGAGCGUAUCUUAUCGCUAUCAUAGCUCGUCAUCCAAAGUUUGAUACACUAUCAUAUAUUGGGACAACAUAUCGUGGUAUGUUGAUUACAGAUGAUGAUCUAAACCAAUACAAAAUUGGCACACGCAUAUUAACAAAAGCAUUUUCAUCAACGUCAAAACAAAUGUCAGUUGCAUGUAAAUUUCUCGGUAGAUCUGGUGGUGGUAAUAGAUUCGAUGCACUCUGCACCUAUAAAAUAAGAAAUCGACGUACAGCAUUAGAUAUCGAAAAAGUAUCUGUGUUUGAAGAUGAACGAGAAGUGCUAAUUCUACCAUAUUCAGCAUUCAAAAUCAUUGACAUUAGACGAAAUAAAUCCCAAAUUGAAAUUAAACUAAACGAAUGUGAGCCGUGGGACUGA